AUGUAUCCAACUGCGUCGCAAUUGAUCGAGCCUGUAACGUCCGUCUCGACAUAUGUCUUCCCCGAUACCUCAAACUUCGAGAGGCUCAACAGGCUGGCAGAUGAACUUCCCGAUUUCGUGCAUAUUCCUCUGCACAUGGCGGUGGGCGACGAAGUCCUGGAAGGCUGGGAGGAAGAUUGGUUUGCACGCGCUGAUUACGAUGCUGCCAAACACGGUAGAGUCCGUGAGCCAAAGAUCGACUUCGUGUAUACUUGGGUCAACGGGUCCGACGCAAGAUUUGCACACACGAUGCGACCCUAUGAACUAAACUCCACCUUGAACGAUGAUGCUGGAGAAUGGGUUGCUUCUCAUGGCGUCAAUCGUUAUCGAGAUUGGGACGAGCUGCGCUACUCUAUCAGAAGCGUUGAAAAGCACGCGAGCUCAUUCAGCAACAACAUCCAGAUCCUUGUCAAUGCAGUUGUGGGACUCGAUGGUCAGAUGACGAAACAACGGCCGACUUGGCUGAAGUCAGACUCAGCGAUAGGCGACAAAUUACAGGUCUUGUCGCAAGAAGAUUUCUUUGGAGACACCGAAGCACAAUGUCUCCCGACUUUCAACUCGUUGACCAUUGAAAACCAGAUUCACAACACACCUUCAAAUACAGACCGAAUCUUCGCAAUGUCUGAUGACAUGUUCCUCGGUAAACCGCACGCGGCGUCGGACAUCUACUCCCCCCUAUUCGGUACAGUGAUGGGUUUCAAACCCAACAGCUACAACACCAUCGUGCCACCUUCCGAGAAGGACGCCCUGCGGUUUGGUGAGAAGCCAUACCUGAUCUACACUUCUUGGAUGCUGAACCGUCGUUUCGGUACCCGCAAGAGAAAAGGACAAGUUCACUUUGGUCAUUCUCUAUCUCGGAGCGUAUACAAGGAGGCCAUGGAGGCGUUUCCUCGACCAGCGCUCAAGAGUGCUUGUCAGAAGUUCAGAGGCGAAACCGGCUUCCAACUAUAUUCUUGGUACAAUGCAUUUCACUACACAAUUGAGCGACACCGGGAAGCUCUGCUCUGGAGCUACAUCAUGAUACGAAGCGACUCUAAUAAGGACGGAUAUCUCGAUUGGCAAGAGAGACAAGCUAUCAUCAGUGAUCUCGAGGAAGGUCUAGCCAACGAAGGUCGCAAUUCCUUUCGCAAGCGAAUGUACUACUACGUGGCCAAGUCACUCGAAGACGCAGGACUGGAGGCACCAAAAGUCAACGUUGAGACCACUUGGACAUCUUUGGACGGCCCUGCUACCAUCGCGAACAUCGAUUGCUUUGAGUUCAACGUCAACGAAUGUCUGGCACCUGGCUUCUCGUCUGCGUCAUGGGAUGACGGAUCAAACAACCCCGUCUUUUCGACAGCGGCCAUAUUCGACAGAGUGGCGCGACAAGAUCCACAAUGCGGUGAUUGUCUAACAAAACUCCUGCUCAACCGUGUCGAACAAGGUCUGUCGCCUCUCUUGCCGCACGCGGACAAGGACGCCGAGCACAGAGAAACCGUUCUAAAAGCUCUGAAAAGAUAUUCCUACGUCGUGGUGGAGCCAGACGCGCUGUUCACGAUGGUCACUGACGCUGAACAAGUACGAGUACGCUUGAUCGACCGCCUGGGCGACCCGGAGAAACAGGCUGGUCAGCUUUGUCUUAACGACGAUGUGACUACCGACAAUGAGACAGAGCUUAGGGAGCUGCGAGAGACAAUCUCGACGUUAUUCAAUGAGCAUUGGGGAACGCCGAGCCAGUUUGAGGCCUAG